CAUGCUAUAUAUCCCAUGACACACGUCCAUCUCUGGAUAAUUGCAUCUAUUCACUACAGACCCUAAACCUCUUCCUCUUUUGACCAAACAUGAAGCCCACGGCAACAUUUCUCUCCUUCCUAAUCCCAACACUCCUUUGUCUUGCCCUCUCUUUGCCACUCGCCACUCUCUUCAUCACCCUCUUCGCUCUUUCCCUCAACUACUGGCUUCUCCCUGGAGGCUUUGCAUGGAGGAACUAUCACAGCCCAAACAAAAGACUCCUUACUGGGCCCAUGGGCUGGCCCAUACUCGGGACUCUCCCUCUAAUGGGCUCUCUGGCUCACGCAAAACUCGCUGAUUUAGCAUCCUCGUUAAACGCAAAGAGGUUAAUGGCGCUGAGUCUGGGAGCCACUCCCGUUGUCAUAAGCAGCCACCCCGAGACAGCUAAAGAGAUUCUAUUGGGCUCCUCGUUUUCGGAUCGUCCCAUAAAGGAAACCGCACGUGCUCUCAUGUUCGACCGUGCCAUUGGUUUCGCUCCUUCCGGAACCUACUGGCGACACCUGCGGAGGAUCGCGGCCUUCCACAUGUUCUCUCCGAGGAGGAUUCAGGGCCUCGAGAGCCUCCGGCAGCGCGUGCUUCAGCGAAUGCUCAACACCGCGUGGAGGGAGAUGGAGGAGAAAGGGGUGGUGGAAGUUCGCGGCAUGUUUCAGGAAGCCUCGCUCUGCAAUAUUUUGGAGACCGUGUUUGGGAGCAGUGAUAAGAGGGAGGAGUUGGGUGACAUGGUUAAGGAAGGCUAUCACUUGAUUGCCGAGUUUAAUUUGGAAGAUUAUUUUCCUCUCAAGUUUUUCGACUUUUAUGGGGUCAAGAGAAGGUGCCACAAAUUGGCGGCUAAGGUCACUAGUGUGGUGGGGCAAAUUGUGGAGGAACGAAAAAGAGAAGAGGGGUUCGUUGGGAAGAAUGAUUUUCUUAGCACUUUGCUUUCUUUGCCCAAACAAGAAAGGUUAGGUGAUUCAGAUAUGGUGGCUAUUCUGUGGGAAAUGGUAUUUCGAGGAACAGACACAGUGGCUAUACUCUUGGAAUGGAUCAUGGCUAGAAUGGUUUUACACCAGGACGUACAAAAGAAAGCCCGCGAAGAAAUUGACACGUGCAUCGGCGAAAACAGCCACGUGCGAGACUCGGAUAUUCCGAAUCUGCCUUACCUCCAGGCCAUAGUAAAAGAAGUUCUCCGGCUGCACCCGCCAGGCCCACUACUAUCAUGGGCCCGCCUCGCGGUCCACGACGUCCACGUGGAUAAGGUCCAUGUGCCAGCUGGCACAACAGCGAUGGUUAACAUGUGGGCCAUAUCGCAUGACUCGUCUAUCUGGGAGGACCCAUGGGCUUUCAAGCCCGAGAGGUUCCUGAAAGAAGACGUUUCCAUCAUGGGAUCGGACUUGAGGCUUGCGCCGUUCGGGGCUGGACGUAGGGUGUGCCCGGGUCGGGCCUUGGGCUUGGCCACGGCCCAUCUCUGGCUCGCACAACUCCUACGCCACUUCGUAUGGCUUCCGGCACAACCUGUGGUUGAUCUUUCAGAAUGCCUUAGGCUUUCCAUGGAAAUGAAGACACCUCUGCAAUGUCUAGUGGUUCGUCGAUAAGAAAAAAUAAAUAAAAAUAAAAAUAAAAAUGACGUAAGCCCUUGAGCCAAACUAAGUUAAAUUUGCAAUUAGAAUGAUGAGUUUUUAGUAUGUGAUGUUUGAUGUCAAAAUGGCAAGUCUUCUCUAGUGAAAAUAUUUAGAGACGAGUUUUUAGUAUAAUUAUGACUUAUCUCUAAGUUUUAUUUCGGAGGGUAUCAAGUUAGUCAAAUAAAUAUCUAGUGCUGGUUGACUAGAAAUGGAUGUAAGAAGAGAGUGGAUUAAAAAGAAGAUUUUUAUGUCUCUUUAAAUUGUAAAAUGUAAAUCACUGUUAUGUAAUGAUGUUGCUUUGAUAUGCAUUUUCUUCUCCUUUUAAAGAAA